UACUGCGUGAUGAUUUCAGACAAAAUCCUUCUGAUGUUAUGGUAGCAGUCGGUGAGCCAGCUGUGAUGGAAUGCCAACCUCCAAGAGGCCACCCUGAACCUACAAUUUCAUGGAAGAAGGAUGGUUCCCCUCUGGAUGACAAAGAUGAAAGAAUUACAAUCAGAGGAGGAAAGCUGAUGAUCACCUACACCAGAAAAAAUGAUGCAGGCAAAUACGUCUGUGUUGGAACAAACAUGGUGGGGGAAAGAGAGAGUGAAGUAGCAGAGCUCACAGUUUUAGAAAGACCAUCCUUUGUGAAGAGACCAAGUAAUUUGGCAGUAACUGUUGAUGACAGUGCAGAGUUUAAUUGUGAGGCACGCGGUGACCCAGUGCCAACAGUAAGAUGGCGAAAAGAUGAUGGAGAACUACCUAAAGGAAGAUAUGAAAUCCGUGAUGAUCACACCUUGAAAAUUCGAAAAGUUAUGGCAGGAGACAUGGGUUCUUAUACUUGUGUUGCAGAAAAUAUGGUGGGAAAAGCAGAAGCAUCAGCAACCUUAACAGUUCAAGUUGUGUCUGAACCUCCACAUUUUGUGGUGAAACCUCGUGACCAGGUGGCUGCAUUAGGCAGAACUGUGACUUUCCAAUGUGAAGCAACUGGAAACCCUCAACCAGCAAUAUUUUGGCGAAGAGAAGGAAGUCAGAAUCUGCUUUUUUCAUACCAACCUCCUCAGUCUUCCAAUCGUUUUUCUGUCUCUCAGACGGGUGACCUCACUAUUACAAACGUCCAGCGAUCUGAUGUUGGAUAUUAUAUUUGUCAAACUUUAAAUGUUGCAGGAAGCAUUACAACAAAAGCAUACUUGGAGGUUACUGAUGUGAUUGCAGACCGGCCUCCCCCUGUCAUUCGGCAGGGUCCUGUGAAUCAAACUGUAGCUGUGGAUGGUACUUUAGUACUCAGUUGUGUGGCUGCAGGUCCUCUGAUGCCUACAAUUCUCUGGAGAAAAGAUGGUGUUGUCAUCUCUACACAGGAUUCUCGAAUCAAGCAGCUGGAAACGGGUGCAUUACAGAUUCGAUAUGCCAAGUUGGGCGACACUGGCCGGUACACCUGCAUUGCCUCAACUCCAAGUGGUGAAGCAUCAUGGAGUGCUUAUAUCGAAGUCCAAGAGUUUGGAGUUCCAGUACAGCCACCAAGACCCACUGACCCUAACUUGAUUCCCAGUGCACCAUCAAAGCCUGAAGUUGCUGAUGUCAGCAAAAAUACAGUAACAUUGUCCUGGAAGCCUAAUUUGAAUUCAGGUGCAACUCCAACCUCUUAUAUAAUAGAGGCCUUCAGCCAUGCAGCUGGUAGCAGUUGGCAAACUGUAGCAGAAAAUGUGAAAACAGAAACAUUUGCAGUUAAAGGACUGAAACCAAAUGCAAUUUAUCUCUUCCUUGUGCGGGCAGCCAAUGCAUAUGGAAUUAGUGAUCCUAGCCAGAUAUCUGACCCAGUAAAAACACAAGAUGUUCCGCCUACAAGUCAAGGUGUAGAUCACAAGCAAGUACAGCGAGAGCUAGGUGCUGUGGUUCUACAUCUACAUAAUCCGACAAUUCUUUCUUCUUCCUCAAUUGAAGUUCAUUGGACAGUAGAUCAACAAUCCCAAUAUAUUCAAGGAUAUAAAAUUUUGUACCGGCCAACAGCUGCUACACAGGGGGAAUCUGAGUGGUUGAUUUUUGAAGUGAGGACACCAACAAAAAACAGUGCUGUCAUUCCUGAGCUUAAAAAAGGAGUAAACUAUGAAAUUAAAGCUCGGCCUUUUUUUAACGAGUUUCAAGGAGCUGACAGUGAAGUUAAAUUUGCCAAAACUUUGGAAGAAGCUCCUAGUGCUCCUCCGCAAAGUGUUUCAGUAACCAAGAAUGAUGGAAAUGGCACUGCGAUUGUAAUAACUUGGCAGCCUCCCCCAGAGGACACACAGAAUGGAAUGGUUCAGGAAUAUAAGGUCUGGUGCCUUGGCAAUGAAAGUCGGUACCAUAUAAAUAAGACAGUGGAUGGUUCCACAUUUUCUGUAGUAAUUCCAUCCCUAGUUCCUGGUAUUCGAUAUAGUGUGGAAGUGGCAGCAAGUACUGCAGCAGGACCUGGAGUGAAAAGUGAGCCACAGUUUAUUCAGUUAGAUUCUCACGGAAACCCUGUCUCACCAGAAGAUCAAGUCAGUUUAGCCCAGCAGAUUUCAGAUGUUGUAAAGCAGCCUGCAUUCAUUGCUGGAAUUGGUGCUGCCUGUUGGAUUAUACUAAUGGUUUUCAGCAUUUGGUUAUACCGCCACAGAAAGAAACGAAAUGGACUUGCUAGUACUUAUGCUGGCAUCAGAAAAGUCCCGUCUUUUACCUUCACACCAACAGUAACGUAUCAAAGAGGAGGAGAAGCCGUAAGCAGUGGAAGCAGGCCAGGUCUUUUAAACAUCAAUGAACCUGCUGCUCAACCAUGGCUUGCAGAUACAUGGCCGAACACUGGGAAUAAUCAUAAUGAUUGCUCCAUAAACUGCUGCACCUCAGGAAAUGGAAACAGUGAUACUAACCUCACCACAUACAGCCGGCCAGCUGACUGUAUAGCAAAUUACAACAAUCAGCUGGAAAACAAGCAAACCAAUCUGAUGCUACCUGACCCAACAGUUUAUGGUGAUGUGGACUUAAGCAACAAAAUCAAUGAGAUGAAAACUUUCAAUAGCCCAAAUCUAAAAGAUGGAAGAUUUGUCAACCAACCAGGGCAGCCUACUCCUUAUGCAACCACCCAACUCAUCCAGUCAAAUAUCAGCAAUAAUGUCAACAGCAGCAGUGGUGAUUCAAAUGAAAAACACUGGAAGCCAUCUACACAACAAAAACAAGAGACUGCACCAGUUCAGUACAACAUUAUGGAACAAAACAAAUUAAAUAAAGAUUAUCGAGUAAAUGAUAAUGCUCAAACAAUCCCAUACAACCAAAACUAUGAUCAGAAUACAGGAGGGUCUUACAACAGCUCCGAUCGAGGAAGCAGUACAUCUGGGAGUCAAGGGCAUAAGAAGGGUGCUAGAACUCCCAAGGCAUCAAAGCAGGCUGGUAUGAACUGGGCAGACCUACUUCCACCUCCUCCUGUACAUCCUCCACCGCAUAGUAACAGCGAAGACUACAGUUUAUCUGUAAAUGAAAAUUAUGAUCAGGAAAUCCCAUGUCCGGUGCCACCAGCAAGAAUGUACCUACAGCAGGAUGAAUUAGAAGAAGAUGAUGAUGAUGAUGAACGGGGUCCUACACCACCCGUUCGAGGAGCAGCUUCAUCUCCAGCAGCAGUGUCCUACAGCCAUCAGUCUACUGCCACACUAACACCUUCUCCCCAAGAAGAACUCCAACCUAUGUUACAGGAUUGCCAGGAAGAAGUAGGCCAUUUGCAACAUCCACAAGAUCGAAGGCGUCAAACUGUGAGCCCUCCACCACCUCCAAGGCCUAUUUCUCCCCCACAUACCUAUGGUUAUAUUUCGGGGCCUCUUGUAUCAGACAUGGAUACUGAUGCACCAGAAGAAGAAGAAGAAGAAGCAGACAUAGAAAUGGCCAAGAUGCAAAACAGAAGGCUUCUUUUGCGUGGCCUUGAGCAAACACCUGCCUCAAGUGUCGGAGAUCUGGAGAGUUCUGUGACAGGUUCCAUGAUCAAUGGAUGGGGUUCAGCUUCAGAAGAUGACAACAUUUCAUCAGGACGGUCUAGUGUUAGCUCAUCCGAUGGAUCCUUUUUUACAGAUGCAGAUUUUGCACAAGCUGUUGCAGCAGCAGCUGAAUAUGCUGGUCUUAAAGUAGCAAGGCGUCAAAUGCAGGAUGCUGUCGGAGGCCGUCGACAUUAUCAUGCCUCACACUGUCCUAGACCUACCAGCCCUGUCUCUACCGACAGCAAUAUGAGUGCUGCUGUUAUUCAGAAGGUUCGACCUGCCAAAAAGCAAAAGCACCAGCAAGGACAGCUGCGCAGAGAAGUCUACACAGAUGAUCUACCGCCGCCUCCAGUGCCCCCUCCUGCUAUAAAAUCUCCCACCGCCCAGUCCAAAUCACAACUGGAAGUUCGGCCUCUCAUGUUGCCAAAGCUUUCUUCUAUGGAACCAAGAACAGAAAGAGCAGCGGAGAGAAAAGGAACAGGCUAUAAGAGGAAAGAAGGAGCAGAAGGCCGCCAGCAUUCUGAUACGCGGACAGGUUCAGGAGAGCGCCGAGAAUCACAGGAACAGCAAAGUGACAGCAAACUGCGAGGAAACAAAGUAGCAAGGCGAGACGGCACACCAGCAAAAACACAUCUUCUCCAAGAGGAUAUUCUGCCAUAUUGUAGACCUACAUUUCCAACAUCAAAUAACACUAGAGACCCCAGUUCCUCAAGCUCUAUGUCAUCCAGAGGAUCAGGAAGUAGACAAAGGACCGAACAACCAAACCUAGGUCGAAGGAAUAUUGCAGAAAUGCAGGUGUUUGGAACAUGUGAGCAAGGAGAGGAUGAAGAAGAAUUACAGGAAACUGAAAGCUGAAGAAAAGAUGUACUGUAACAAAUUUUUGAAAUCUAAUCAGUAAGCUAUCACUUAAGAUGCCUCAUGUCUGAUGAUAUUUGAUGCCAGAAAUAAUGUUCAAUGCAAUCAGAGUGUACAAUUCCUCAUCUUUUUUUCAUGUGACCAGAACGUUACUCUUGGUUUUAAUGUUAUUUUGAAGACCUCAGCCAUAAUUUUGUCCCCUGUUUACUCCUUUAAGCUAAAUAUAGUACAUUUACUCUGUCCAUGACAGCGAUUCAGCUCUUCUUUGUGGUGCUAUGCUAGCUGCUGCUUCCAACUUUGGACAGAAGGGUUGCUCCCACUGGUGGCAGUGCAGUAUAAUAAAACCAAUUUAUAAUCUCAUGUAUAGAUUAUCACUGAUUGUACAAUGGCAAGUUGCACAGAAUGAUAUCUAUACAGAAAAUUUUUUUAAAGCUACAAUGCUGUUACAGACCUCACAUGGCGCAAAUGGCAUUGCAUUUUUUUCAGUAGUCAGAUCCCUUUGAAACAAAAAUACAACUUCAUAUAUUGAGUUUUCAAACUCUCAUGUACUUUUAUUUGUCUAGAUUUGAACCCAUUGAAUCAUGGAAGUACAUUCUUUACUGCAUAUGUUAUUUAGGAUAAUAAGAAGGCAUGUCAGUGAAAAUCUGGCAGUUACGUCCUGAGUUUAUCAAAUAUACAAGCCAUUGUUGACUUCCUGUGCUACUAAAACACAAAUCAAGAAAGCAAUGGACAUUUUUAUGCAUCAAUGGGAGAUGACACCAUCAUCAUCAUGACUGGCCCAAAUCUCAGACCUCUACUUUAUAGUGUCAAUUCACCUUAAAGAAGUGCCACUUAAAGGAGUUAUGUUUUGAUCUUGGGUUUUUUGGGGGAGGGGGGUUAUUUUUGUUUUUUUGUAAUGCACUGUUUAUCUUUUUUGGUUUUAAAAGCACAAUCACUAAACUUUAUUUGUAAAACAUUGUAACUAUUAACCAUUUUUGUCUUACUGUAAGAUGUUAAGCUUUUGUUUUGUUUUUUCAUGUUUUAUUAAUGCUCUAUGUCUGUAUUGGGGAUGUUUGAAUGCUGACAGAUGGUAAAGGUAGAAAAACUAGAAAAGGCCAUAAACAGAACAUUUUUCCUGUUUCCUGAACUUUUGUUUCUUAAAUUCACUGUGGCCUAUCUCAACAUUGGAUUUCCAAUGCACCUGAAAUAGAGCCAUUAGUUGCUUUUAAAGUUACAAAAUGAUGUCCUCUGUAGAUUUUUUUCAUGAUCCCUUUUGUGAUUAUAUAAUUUUUUCGUCAUCCGUCCUAUUGAAAAACUGUGUGUUCGUUUAUGGACAUUUAUCAGGCCUAGCCUCAGUGGAAGAAAAAAAGGAGUGUUUUGGUAUUUACUGGGGUCUCAGAAGUUUCAUUUAGCUGAUUUUUAAGAAUUGGUUACAAUAGAGAAGGGUGUUCAGUACAGAGGGAACAACCCAUGUGGUUAAUGUUUUUCAUUACGUUCAUGUAAGAAACCUCAUAUUUUAGCCAUAAUUUUGCAUACAAAGAAUUCAAUAAUCAUAAAAGUAAUUUUUGUCACAUUAUUUAUUAAAAACGUUCUCAAAGACGUCA